UUCUUUAGGGAGUGGAAAAAGCAUUGAGCCUGCAGCAGGUGGGGGAGAGUAAUAACUGCUGCGAGACACUUCCUGGUUUCACUAACUGGGUUCGUUUCAGCUUACAAGGAGAAAGCAAUUGCAACAGUUAUGGGUGUGUUAAUACUUCGGGUUUUGGUAUGUGGCCAACUAAUAUUGUUUUCAUUGGUUGUGAAUAAUAUAACCAAUGCACAGACGAUCAGUGAGUCACCAUCAAAAGCUCCUCCUCUGAAUGCAACAAGAAACCACACAGAGAACAAUGCUUCAAAUUCAUCCAGCAAUUCAGUGUACAAUGAUAGUAGUACAACUCAAAACAACUUGAACACCCAGACGACCCCUACUGGCAUCAAUAGUACUUUGGGACCCAUCCAAGGCAAUACAACCGUCACAGGAUCACCAGUGCAGCCAAACUCAACAGAAAACACUCAGACAACCCAAUCAGCCACAUUCACAACAAUCAAGAUCAACUCAACAGCUGUCACUUCUACAGACAACAGCACUCACAGCAACAAUGAAACUGCUACGUCAAGCACUACACCAGUGACCGAACCAACAGCGAUUACUUCUUCCACUAUAACUCAAAAUGCCACAACUUUUUUCAAUGAAUCUCAAGCAGGUGGUGGUCUGAAUCAUUCAGAGAAAUCUCUGACUGUUUUAUUCAGCAUUCUGCUUGGUGUAAUAGUUCUGGUAAUUCUGAUGAACUUUGUGUACAAGUACGGCAGAAGCAAAGAGAGAAGCAUCCAAUAUACUCAUCGCCGUCUCCAGAAUGAAGAAACAGGUGAGCCAUUUGCAUUGCCAGAUGACACGCUGGUCAUUUCAGGAGGACUCUAUGACGGCCCUCAGAUUUACAACCCCACCAUGACCGUGCAGAACGAGGAAGAAUACCAGACAAACAUACUUGGAUCUGCUUCCAGACCUACUCGGUUCCGCUUGGAGUUUCUGAGAGAGGAUCAAGACAGGGCAUUUGACAACGAGACCUCCACCUUUCAGACAUUUCAUGCACAUGACCAAGAGCCUUAAGAUCUCAGCAACAAACCUCUUUUUAUUCAAAAAA